CCCUCCCCUUUCGCCCGCGCGCUCAGCUGCGGCCAGAUUUAAAGAGACAGGCACGGUUCGGGUUUAGUUGUUGAAAUAUUCUUAAUAAUCGUUAAAAUAAUAAUAAUAAUAACAACAGUACUAAAUCCCGCACCCGUAACACUUUUUUAGUGGUGUUUUGUUUGUCGGUGUGUAGUUCGAGAAGGGUUUUAAAGAGAAGCGCAGCGAUGCUCGGGUAGUUUAGCUAGUUUUUUUGAGCCGAGGGUCCGGCGUUCUGCCACUUGGCCAAGAUUUUUCUUUCUUUCCUUAUUUAUUUAUUUUUUCUCUCUCUCUCAGCCAUCUGAAACAGCAGAUAGUAAAAGUGAUCAGACUCAUCUAUAUCUAUCUCUUUGCUUCUUUUUUUAAUUUUAACUUGUUCUUCACAGAGAGAGAGAGAGAGUUAAAGAGAUAGAAUAAUCCCGGUUUGGUGUUUGGUGGCUGCUGCUGCUGCUGCUGCUGCUCUGAAGCACAAUGGCGAAAAUUCAGGCUCACAGCAGCACGAAGCACAUCAACCAGAUCCAGGACAAAGCGUUCAGCGCUCAGAAACACCAGCAGCACUUCCAGAAGCUGAAGGUAGAAGAUGCGUUAUCAUACCUGGACCAGGUUAAAAUCCGGUUCGCGAACGAUCCCGGGAUCUACAACAAGUUCCUGGACAUCAUGAAGGAGUUUAAGUCUCAGAGCAUCGAUACACCGGGCGUAAUAAACCGCGUGUCUCAGCUGUUCCACGGACACCCGGACCUCGUGCUGGGCUUCAAUGCCUUUCUGCCUCCUGGAUAUCGGAUAGAAAUCCCGAAAAACAGAAUGGCCUUCCUGCAGUCGCCGUUCAGUCCACAGCAGGUUUCUCCUGGCAAAGCAAAGAGCGCCGAGUCCAGUUCGGCUCAGAGCGAGACGGUGGCGUCGCCUCAGAGCGCCUCGCCGUCGUCCGGAGUCCCGCCAGAACCGCCUGGACGACUCACCCUUCCCCUGCCUAGCCAAUCGCAGCCCGCCACAUCGUCGGCAUCUCCGCCCGCUUCACAGGAAGCGAGUCCUGUGGAGUUUGAUAGCGCCAUCAGCUACGUCAACAAGAUCAAGAGCCGAUUCCUGGACCAUCCAGAAAUCUACAGGUCCUUCCUGGAGAUCCUGCACACCUAUCAGAAAGAGCAGCUGGAGCUGAAGGAGAACAGGAGCAGGACGAGUUCGGGGAUGACGGAGGAUGAGGUUUUUUCCAAAGUGGCUAGUUUGUUUAAAGGACAGGAGGACCUGCUGGCAGAGUUUGGACAGUUUCUUCCUGAUGCCAAGAGAUCGCUGUUUACUAGCGGCUCUCUAACGGGCAAGGAGCAGGUGAAGAAGAUAGACGAGGAGGAGUUAAACAAGCAGGGCAAGAAAAGGCCACGCCCACUCCUGCUGCCUCAUAUGACGCCGCUGCUGAAGAAGAAAAUGAAGUUCUCCUGCUCCAAAGACCAGUCUUUCGCCUCGGUUGGGAAGCAUGGAGUUCUCCGCGAGUUCACUUUCUUUGACAAGGUUCGGCGUUUGUUUAAGAGUCAGGAGGUGUACGAGAACUUCCUGCGCUGCAUCGCCCUGUUUAACCAGGAGGUGGUGUCAGGAGCUGAGCUCCUGCAGCUUGUCACGCCGUUCCUCGGGAAGUUUCCAGAGCUGUAUACCCAGUUUAAGUCAUUCCUUGGCGAGAAAGAGCUGUCGCACUCUGUAUCUGGCCUAUCAGAGCGCUACAUGGAAGGGGGUGGAGCCAGGGAGGUAGACUACGCUUCCUGUAAGAGACUCGGAUCGAGUUACAGAGCUCUGCCGAAAACGUACCAACAACCCAAGUGCAGUGGGAGAACGGCGCUGUGUAAAGAGGUGCUAAACGAUACCUGGGUGUCCUUCCCAUCAUGGUCGGAGGACUCCACGUUCGUGAGCUCGAAGAAGACGCCAUACGAGGAGCAGCUUCACCGCUGCGAGGACGAGAGGUUCGAGCUGGAUGUGGUUCUGGAGACCAACCUGGCCACCAUCAGGGUUCUGGAGAGCGUGCAGAAGAAGCUGGCUCGCCUCUCGCCCGAGGACCAGGACCGCUUCCGAUUAGACGACUGUCUGGGCGGUACCUCGGAGGUGAUCCAGCGGCGCGCCGUGUACCGCAUUUACGGAGAUAAAGCUCCCGAGAUCAUCGAGGGACUCAAGAGGAACCCGGCGACUGCAGUACCUGUAGUACUCAAGAGGUUGAAAGCGAAGGAGGAGGAGUGGAGAGAAGCUCAGCAGGGCUUUAAUAAGAUCUGGAGGGAACAGUAUGAGAAAGCAUACCUCAAAUCUCUGGACCACCAGGGGGUCAACUUCAAACAGAAUGACAUGAAGGCCCUGAGAUCCAAAAGCCUGCUCAACGAAAUCGAGAGCAUCUAUGACGAGCGUCAGGAGCAGUGCACGGAGGAGGGUGGAGUCGGUCAGCAGAGUCGUGAAGGGGGUGGAGCCUCUAGCGAACCUCACCUGAUCUUCUCCUACGAGGACAAGCAGAUCCUGGAGGACGCAGCGUCACUCAUCAUCUAUCACGUGAAGCGUCAGCCCACCAUCCACAAAGAGGAUAAGGAUCAGAUCAAGCGUAUUGUCCACCACUUCAUCCCUGACCUGUUCUUCUCCCGGCGCGGUGAGCUGAGCGACACAGAGGAUUGGACGGAUGAGGAGGCUGAGACGGAGGACGGGGGCGGGGCCGCAGUCGGGGUGAUGCCAGAGACUCAGACGGCGGUGAUGGCAGAGCGAGGAGGAGGAGGGACAGCAGGAGCAGGACCAAUGGGCAGUCAGCAGCAGGUGAACGGUGAGUCCAGGCGGCGGCGGUGUGCGUCCCCGCGUGGAGCGGAGCAACAGGAGCAGCUGGAGCAGCAGAAGGAGCAGGACGGUAUCUACAAUCUGUUCUUCGUUAACAAUAACUGGUACUUCUUCCUGAGGCUGCACCAGACUCUGUGUUCACGGCUGCUGAAGGUCUACAGACAGGCCGAGAGACAGCUGCUGGAGCACCGCGCCGAACAGAGCGCAGAGCGCCUCCUGGUGGCCGAGGGGCGACGAGACAAGGCCACUGAUCUCGCCAUGGAGCUGAGACUCAAACAACCCAGUGAAGUGGAGCUGGAGGAGUAUUACCCAGCGUUUUUGGACAUGGUGCGCAGUCUGCUGGACGGGAACCUUGAGUCGACGCAGUACGAGGACACACUGCGUGAGAUGUUCACCAUUCACGCCUACAUCGGCUUCACCAUCGAUAAACUCAUCCAGAACAUCGUCAGACAGUUGCAGCACCUGGUGAGUGAUGAGGUGUGUGUUCAGGUAGCUGAGCUGUAUAUGUGUGAGAGGAGGCGGGGCGCUGCAGGAGGAAACCUCUCCUCUCAGUGUGUGAGAGCCGCCUGGGAGACCAGCUACCAGUGGAAGGCUGAGAGAGUGAUGGCUGAGGAGAACUGCUUUAAGGUGAUGUUUAUCCAGAAUAAAGGUGAGGUGACAAUGACCAUCGAGCUGCUGGACACUGAGGAGGCUCAGGCUGACGAUCCACUUGAAGUACAGUGCCUGUCCAACUACAUGGAACAGUUUGUUGGAACUGAAAUUUCCACGUAUUCACAGGGAGAAGGUUACUACUUCAAACCUGUCUUCCUGCCCAGGAACCUGCGUCAGUUUCGGCGCUGGCAGCUGCGGCAGGUGGAGGCUCUGCGCAGUCGGCGUGAGCUGCGGAAUCAGCUGGGUGUGGAAAGUGCCGGAAACCUGGACUGCAGGUUCAAACUCAAUACACACAAGAUGGUGUUCGUCAUGAACUCGGAGGAUUACAUGUACCGCCGCGGCGCGCUAAUCAAGGCCAGGAAGACUCACAUGCACGUGUCGCGGCUGCAGCGUGAGCGUUUCUCACGUUGGCACGGGGCGUGGCAGAGUGAGCACGUGUCCCCUGCCGCCGCCCGCUCCGUCCACGCCUGGUUACUCGGAGACGACCUUGACGACCUGCUGCCCUGCAAGACCAUCUGUGUGACUUCACAGGUCAAAGGUCAAACUGUCAACAGGUACCAGGUGCGGUACAGCAGCAAGGCCCCGGCUUCACCGUGACACACGUUGCCACACCCCCUACACCCCCUUCACCCAACACACACACAGAAGGACAGUUGCGGCGUCGAUGAUGUAAUCAUGGUGUGGACUUGAACAGCCAAUCAGACAUGAAUGAAUGAAUGAAUUUUUUUUUUCCAUUGUAGUUUUUAGCAUUUGAAACCAGCCUUGAGUGUCUGAGAGUGUGUGUGUGUGUGUGUGUGUGUGUGUGUGUGUGUGUGUGAGUGUAUGUAUGUGUGUGAGUAUGUUUGUGUUCUUUAUGUGCACUUCUCUUGGUUGUAAGUGAAUGAGUGAGGUCAUCAGCCUGGUGGACGCUGGAGACUCUGCGCAUUAAAUGCUUCUCUGAAUCACCAUGUACCAUAUCGACACUCGCCAAAAUCAUGUGCUUUUCUUUUCCUUUAUUUUCUUUUUUUCUUUUCUUUUUUUUUUGGUGUAAUUUUUACAUGUUAAAAACAUGAAAUGAAAUACAAGCGUUUUGCAGAGGAAUGUAUAACACGGAUCCUGUAUCAGUUAUCUUGAAAUAAAACAACCAUGUUGUGCAGUUCUUACAAAG